AUGCUUUGGUAUUCGUUGCUUGCCGCAGGUGCGUUCGCACAAUUGAACCUUCCCUCUUUAGAACAGGCCGAGUCCGCGGCCCAGUGGAUUCUGCAUAAUGCUCUCCCGCACCAUUCUGGCUACGAACUGGCUUCUACCAUGCUCAAUGAGGAGUCUGGCAAUCAGGAUGUGCGUGAUGCCCUGGACGAGUUGUGGACAAACAAUCCGGAUCGCUUCAAAUUGCUUCUGGACCCCUACGCUGGUCCAGGCGGAAAGCCUGCUAAAGCCAACCGGAGAACCAAUUGGGACCUCCACAUCCAGAACGAGAACUUCCCGAAUCACCAAGUGCGGGUAAAGAACCCCAAAUCGCUCGGGAUUGAUAUUGUCAAGCAAUUGGCAGGUUAUUUGGAUGUCCUGGACGAGGACAAGCACUUUUUCUUCUGGCUGUUUGAGUCCCGCAAUGAUCCGGCAAACGACCCCGUUGUUUUGUGGUUGAACGGCGGCCCUGGCUGCUCUUCUUCGACUGGCCAGUUCUUCGAGCUCGGACCUUCGGCCAUUCAAGAGGACCUGAGCCUGAAAUACAACCCCCACUCCUGGAACAACAACGCUACGGUUAUUUUCUUGGACCAGCCCGUCAAUGUCGGUUAUUCUUACUCUUCGCAGCGUGUCUCGACCUCUAUGGCCGCCGGUGAGGAUAUCUAUGCUUUUUUGUCCAUAUUCUUCGAGUCCUUCCCCGAGUAUAACAACCGUGACUUCCAUAUUUCCGGUGAGUCGUAUGCUGGCCAUUAUAUUCCUGCCAUCGGCAAAGCUAUCGUCGAGCAUCCUGAGCGUAACUUCAAUUUGACUUCUCUUCUUAUCGGUAACGGUAUCACCGAUACUUUGAACCAGGUAGAAGCCUCUAUUGCCAUGCAGUGCGGAGAGGGUGGCUUCCCUGCUUUCCAAAGUGAGGAGACUUGUGAGCAAAUGUAUCGCGAAUUGCCUCGUUGUCAAGUGCUUAUGCAGAAUUGUUAUGAUACCAGAUCUCGCUUGGUUUGUCUCGCUGCCACUUCAUAUUGUGGGCGUCCUUCUACAAAAUUUUCUGAAACUGGACGUAACCCUUACGAUGUCCGUGAUGUUUGCUACGACUCUUGCUAUCCACAAACCGGCUGGAUUGAACAGUAUCUCAAUCAGGAGGCUGUGAAGGAUGCUGUGGGUGCAGAGCCUAUUAAAUUUGUUGGGUGUGACCCACAGGUCGGAUCUGAGUUCUUCUUCCAAGCUGAUCACUCUGUCAACUUUGCGCCUGUAGUUGCCGAAAUCUUGGCUGCCGAUAUUCCUAUCCUUAUCUAUGCUGGUGACAAGGAUUGGAUCUGCAACUGGCUUGGAAAUCGUGACUGGACCAACCGUCUAGAGUGGCCUCACCAUGAGGAGUUUGCUGAUGCCAAAGUCCAGCCCUGGUUCGUUGACGGCAAAGAGUCUGGCACUACCAAGAAUGCAGAUUUACUGACAUUUUUGCGCAUUUAUGGUGCUGGUCAUAUGGUUCCUUUCAAUCAACCACGCAAUGCUGUUGCCAUGUUGAAUCACUGGAUCUCGGGACACCUUCGAUUCGACGAAACUGAAGACAAAUAG